UCAUCAUUAAAGUUUCUAGACUUCAUAAUCCCCAAAACGCAAAUCAUCAAACGCUAAACGCGGAAACAUAUAACGCAAAACUCUGUUUUCGUUUACCUAAUUCUCUGUGGACGCCCACACCGUAAACCUUCACCAACCCAAAUUUAAUUCUUCUGUGUUUUUUAUUCACAAAGUACAAAAAAACAGACAGAUAAUAAUAUAUCUCCUUCUCUUCUCUUCUUCUUCCUCCUCCUUCGCUCUGUGAUUUAAUACUGAAGUACAUUCAAACCCCACAAAAGAAGAUGAAGUACAUUCGAAGCAACAGCUUGAAACGUCUCUUCUCCUUUAAACGACGCAGUUUCGACUCAGACUCUGAAAACUCAACUCCACACGCCAAAUGCGUCGAGGGUUUUCAAGAAACAGAGCAGUUUCAAAGACCCAAGUGGAAAUGUUUCUCCUUUGAAGAAAUCUACGAGGCAACCAACGGUUUCAGCUCAGAGAACUUGGUAGGAAGAGGCGGAUUUGCAGAGGUGUAUAAAGGAGUUUUAGGUAAAAGUGGUGAAGAAAUCGCAGUGAAGAGGAUAACGACAGGAGGGAGAGAAGACGAGAGGAGAGAAAAAGAGUUUUUGAUGGAGAUUGGAACAAUAGGACAUGUCUCACAUCCUAAUGUCUUGUCUCUUCUUGGUUGUUGUAUUGACAAUGGCCUCUAUCUUGUUUUCAUCUUCUCUUCAAGAGGCUCAGUUGCUUCUCUUCUUCAUGAUUUGAAUCAAGCACCAUUAGAGUGGGAGACAAGGUAUCAAAUUGCUAUUGGGACAGCAAAAGGGCUUCAUUAUUUACACAAAGGUUGUCAGAGAAGGAUCAUACAUAGAGACAUUAAAUCCUCCAAUGUUCUCUUAACCCAAGAUUUUCAGCCACAGAUAUCUGAUUUUGGUUUGGCAAAAUGGCUGCCUUCUGAAUGGUCUCACCAUUCCAUUGCUCCAAUUGAAGGCACUUUUGGGCACUUAGCACCAGAGUACUACACACAUGGGAUUGUGGAUGAGAAGACUGAUGUUUUUGCUUUUGGAGUGUUCUUGCUUGAACUCAUUUCUGGUAAAAGACCUGUUGAUGCUUCCCACCAAAGCCUACAUAGCUGGGCAAAAACCAUAAUAAAAGAGGGCGAGAUUGAGAAGUUGGUGGAUCCAAGGAUCGAGGAGGACUUUGAUAUCAAACAGCUUCACCGCAUCGCUUUUGCUGCGUCUCUCUGUAUCAGACCAUCGUCUCCAUGUCGGCCUUCCAUGAUCGAGGUAUUAGAAAUACUACUGCAGGGAGAAGAAAUAGAAAAAGAAAAAUGGAAAAUGGAAGAGGAAGAAGAAAAGAAAGAAGAGUUUUGGGGAUUUGAAGAUCUUGAGGAUUGUGAAUAUGAUUUUUCAAUCUCACUUUCUCCUCCUGACUCGAUUUCUAAUCGAAGCUCUUCAAAUCGUAGUAGCUAGAUCAUCUAAAAUUAGUUUUAAAAACUUGAAAUAUCAAUUUUGUUUCAUUGUAAAUUUUGCUUAGAGUUGUCUAUUUCGUAAUUUAAACACUUGUAGUAUUCAAUGAGGUGUUCUAUUUA